UUUAUGGAGAAGGUGACAACUUUAGAAAUGCUUUAGUUGUAAGUUUAAUUAUUAAGGCAUAGAGCAAGUAGGCGAUAGAACGAAUAAUUCUAUCACACGUCUGCAAUUACACACUCAACUCGAAACUAAUAAACUCUGUGUUGCAAUUAAGAAAGCAAAGGGUAGGAUGGCGUCAGCUUUUUCGCCACCCAAUAUACCGGUUCAGCCACGAAAUGGAAUGAUACGCACAUAUGAAAAUCACGAAAGGACGUUCACCCGUCCCUAUUCGGCGAAAACGGUGUUCUUCUACAAAGAAGGCGAUGAGUACUUCACGGUCGUCGAUAACCACGUAACUAAGGAUAUAUGAUA